UUGCAACAGAGGGGGAAACUGCCAUGGCCAGAGAGCCCCAAGAGACCUCCCUUGAUGUCUACGUGCAGGAUGUGCAAGCAUCUGAAAAGAAGGAACUCUGCAGAAGAUAUCAGCUCUGUGGGGUCCUCUUGUGCACCUUUGUGCUCUCUCUCAUCCUGACAGUUCUGGGGGUCUGCUAUUUUUGGAAGCAAUCCCCUCAAAAAAUCUAUAGCCUGGAGCACACCUUUUUCGGCAACGGGGAGAAGCAGAAGAUCUUCAUGAAGAUCGACUCUCUCGCCAGGACAGAGGUCUUCCACACUGGAGAGGGAAGCAAGGAGGUCCUGGAAAUACACGACUUUAAAAAUGGAAUAACUGGUAUCUUCUUUGUGGGGGAUCCAAAAUGCUUCAUCCGAAGCCAGAUCAAAGGGAUACCUGAAACACCGGCCAUGGAAGUCGAAGAGACAGAGGGUGAAGAAACUGCAGCCACCUAUUUUGAGCAAUCUGUGGUCUGGGUUCCAGCGGAGAAGCCUGUUGAAAAUAAAGACUUCCUGAAGAAUUCCAAGAUUUUUGACUUUUGCAAAAAUGUGACGAUGUACUGGAUACACCCAACCUUGCUAAGAGAGGCGGAAGUCCUUGAUUUUGAGGAUGAAAGAGAGCUGGAGGGUCCGAUUUCUACAAACCAACAGGAUCACCAGGAAGUCCACCACUUGGCCGAAGAAGCAAGCCCAGGCAGAAAACGUCAGGCUCGGCAACUUACCGAGGAAGAUCUCCCAGUGAAUGACUAUACAGAGAACGGACUGGAGUUCCACCCACUGUGGGAUGAGCGAGGCUACUGCUGUGCCCGUUGCCGCCGCGCUCAUCGUUACUGCCAGCGAGUGUGUGAGCCUCUCCUAGGAUAUUACCCCUACCCUUACUGCUACCAAGGUGGAAGAGUUAUCUGCCGGGUCAUCAUGCCAUGCAACUGGUGGGUAGCACGGAUGCUGGGACGUGUGUAGGUGCCCCCCUGGCCCCUGAAGGCAACUCAACACACUGCAGUACUUAAGACCUUCCCUAUGGGGACUCCCCCGCCCCCCCUUUGGGCACUCGUGUGCUGCUGGUAGCCUAGUCGCCUUGACCAAAAUCCGGUGGAAGCCUCUGCAAGAGCCAGGCAAAAGUGAAAUGGCAGCAAGACCCUUCUCAUUCAUUGCCCAGCAAGCCAUUAGCAAGGGCCUCAAUUCUGCACAUCCAUCCUCAAGCAGCAGCUGGGACAAUUAGCUGUCAGGCCAGCUGGGGUGAGGGUGGAAAGACUUCCCAAAGAUAGUACGCAAAUCCCUUUAUUUUAGCACUUCAGAACAUUCGUUGUGCCCAAUAUGCUUUGAAUACAUCACUUUUCCCUACGGUGGCAGCAGAAUGCAUGUUUUGCAUACAGAACAGCCUGCGUUCAAUGCCUGCCAUCUCGUGUGGCUCACUUUAUUUUUCUAAAGGAUUAGAUCGCAGCUGAUAAGGGAAAGCUCUACCUGAGAAUCGUGAAAUCUUUUGCCAGUCAAAUAGGCAGCAUCAGGCUAGACAGACAAAUAAUUUAAACCUGCCUUACGGGAAAGCUCUAUCUUCAGAAGAAACAAGUUGUUUGGUCUCUCCUGCAAGGAAACCACCUCUCCUCCACCAAGGCUGGGAAGCAUGUGUGUCCUGCAGUUGU